AUGAGGACCUUAAUUUUUGCACUUGCACUAAGCAUUUUCUCAUGCUCAGGGCUUCCAGUGUAUGACUAUGAACUGCCUGUCACAGAAGAGGCUCUCAAUGCUUCCAUUGCAAGAAUCAAUUCUCAGUCACGGGGCCCAAACUUGUAUGGUAUUGUCAGGAGCCAUGUUAGAAGUGUUGACAUGUGGAACAGCAAUGAUUAUAAGCUAGUGCUGCAGUUCAGUAUCCGUGAAACAGUAUGCACAAAAAUUUCAGGGAGAGACCCAUUCACAUGCGACUUCAAAAUAGGGCCUUUUGUGCCAAGUGCUUUCUGCAGAAGUGUUGUGGUAGUCUCUGAAGAGCAGAUUGUGAACAUGGUUGUCCAGUGUCAUCAGGACAUGUCCAGCUCGGAAUCAAUAAGCAGUGAGGAGAUGAUGCGUAUGCAUAUAAUGAACCCCAACAUACAAGGAAGCAGUUACAGUGAAGAUCUCUUUGCUCCUGAAACCUUCCCUUCAAGGAGAAGAGGUAACAGUCAUGGAGACUGGCGUAAACCCAGCUAUAUCAGCUCUGACAAGACUGAAUAACACAAUUUGACUGGAGAAUAAGAAGAGUCAAGAUUCAAAGACCCAGCACGUGAAGAAGGGACCUGAUGCAUUUUCCUUUGCCUUUUCAGCAAA